AUGGCUGAUCCCACCACCGAGAACAAGCCAGAGGAGGGCAAGACAGUCACCGAGAAGGCCUCCGAGACCGCAUCCGCCAUGAAGGAGAAUGUCUUCAGCAUGUUUGGCGGUGGCCCGAAGAAGGAGGCUAAGCAGGAGGACGAUGAAGACAACGACCGCUCGGGCAGCGCGAAAGCUCAGAAGGAGAAAGAGGCAGCUGACAAGGGCGAUGAUGAGGAGAAGGCAGAGGAGGAGGAGGCCGACGUGCAUUUCGAGCCUGUCGUUCACUUGACCGAGAAGGUUGACACCAAGACGAACGAAGAGCUCGAGGAGCAGGCCUUCAAGAUGCGGGCCAAGCUCUUCAAGUUCGACCGCGAGAGCCGCGAGUGGAAGGAGAGAGGCACUGGCGACGUUAGACUGCUCAAGCACAAGGAGAACGGCAAGACCCGACUCGUCAUGCGCCGUGACAAGACCCUCAAGGUCUGCGCCAACCACUACGUGGUUCCUGACAUGAAGCUUUCGCCAAAUGUUGGUAGCGACCGCAGCUGGGUGUGGAACGCCGCGGCCGAUGUCUCUGAGGGCGAGCCUGAGGCCCAGACUCUUGCCAUCCGGUUCGGAAAUGCUGAGAACGCAAACCUCUUCAAGGAGGCUUUCAUCAAGGCUCAGCAGGAGAACGAGAAGAUCUUUGGCGCCUCGGACGAUGAUCCUCCAGAAGUCGAGGGCUUCCCCAUGCGCUCAUGGGAGAUCUCCAUCUACCUCAUCGGUCCAGACGGCGAGGAACUCCCCGCGAACUGCUUCGACAAGGCGACCUACAUGCUGCACGAGUCCUUCGGAAAGAGAACCAAGCAAACGAUCAAGUCACCACCGUUCACGAUCAAAGAGAAAGGAUGGGGAGAGUUCGACAUGCAGAUCACCCUGACGCCGGUCGGUAACCCCAAGGGAGGGGACCAGACGCUGCAACAUGAUCUGAACUUCCAGCAAGAGCAGUACGAGAGCACCCACACUGUGACCUUCCGCAACCCCAAGCCAGAGCUUCUCGAACGUCUCAAGGAGUCUGGCCCAGCUGGCGACGCUACCAACGGUACUGCUGCGGCGGCCAGCAAGCCGGAGAAGAGACGUCCCAAGGCGAACCGCAACGUCGACAUGGAGAAGCUCGCCGAGGCCUUGCCGCAACUCCCAGAGGACGAUCUGCUGCAAGUCGUGCAAAUGGUACAUGACAACAAAUCUGAGGAGACGUACACGAAGAACGAUGUCGAGAAUGGCGAGUUCCACGUCGACCUCUACACCCUACCAGACCAGCUCAUCAAGAUGCUCUGGGACUUCACCGAGAAGCGCGUCGACAUGAGUGUGAUGGCAUAG